AUGGGUAACAGUUAUUUCCGAAAAAUGUUAAUUUCCAAUGAUUCUAAUGUUGAGAAGAAAUUUGACAUUAUUCGGCACGAUAAAGCCGAAGAUAGAGCUAAAAAGGACUUAUUAAAAUUCUCGCUCGUACUUUUGGCGAUCACCGGAUGUCGGCAACCAGAGUCGUGGACAUUUUUGUACAAGUACACACUCUACAACAUUUAUACGAUGAUUCUGGUCCUUCUAUUGUAUACGUUCACAUUUACCCAAUUCAUGGACAUUGUUCUAAACGUUGGCAAUCCCGAGGAAUUUACUAGCGUUAUAUAUAUAAUGAUGACUGUGUUCGUCGCGUCCUUUAAACUAUCUAAUAUGUUGAUGAAUCGUAAGAGCGUAUCGGAUAUUAUCAAUACUCUUAUCGACAAACCGUUUAAACCGAUGGUAACUGACGAAAUAAAGAUUCGCCAAAAUUUCGACAGAAUGAUACAGUAA